GAAGAAAAAGUAGAAGGAAGCGGUCGGUCUUGUUGUCAGCUUUAAGGACGCAGCACUCGUGCUGUGAAAAUGCGUAUCGAGAAAUGUUAUUUUUGCUCGGGUCCAGUGUACCCAGGACAUGGAGUUAUGUUUGUGCGGAAUGAUUGCAAGACAUUCAGAUUCUGCAAAUCAAAAUGUCAUAAGAAUUUCAAGAAGAAGCGCAACCCCAGAAAGACCAGAUGGACCAAAGCAUUCAGAAAGGCAACUGGAAAAGAAUUGACUGUGGAUAAUGCUUUGGAGUUUGAGAAACGCAGAAACAUGCCUGUUAAAUACGACAGAGAGAUAUGGGACAAGACAGUGGGUGCAAUGAAGAGGGUGGAAGAAAUCAAACGGAAACGGCAGGCAAGAUUUAUCAUGAACAGAUUAAAGAAGGGCAAAGAAUUGGAGAAGGAAGAGGCCAUCAAGGAAGUGAAGAAGAAUAUUCACCUUAUCAAGGCCCCACAUGCAGGAAAAGCCACGAAACUGGAAGAGAAAAUGUUGCAGAAAUUACAAGAGGACGUGGACAUGGCGGGUGAAGAUAAUUAAUUUUUUUGUGAAGACAACUUCGUGUGGCUUGUAGUGGACUCUCCAUUUGUUCGGGAACCAACAAAUAUAAUUGUGUUUUGGCAAACUGCAGAGCAUUCGGUUUUAAGUGAUAUAUAGCAGUUUAAAACUCUCUGCAGGCUUUUGUGUGCGCUUUCCACAAAUACUGUGUCGUUUUACAUACCACAUGUACAGGAAUGACAUUAAUGCAGAAAAGGCCUCCAAAUAAAUGUUUUUUGUUAUCACAAGUAUUGUUUCGCUAGCUUUUAUGUAUUCUUCGUGUUAUUCCUGACAUGAUUUGUGUAUUGCCAAGUAGCCACAUAUAUUUGAUUAAAAACUUCAGUAUGA